GAAUCAUGAAGCCAGUCUUCUGUGGGAACUUUGAGUAUGAUGCGCGUGAGGGCGAUCUCGAAAGGCUAUUCAGGAAGUACGGAAGGGUCGAGAGGGUGGAUAUGAAAGCUGGAUGUUUCAUACUCCCACCAGCCCAUGGAUGGACCUUAAGGAAAAUCCAUCUCACACUUUCUAUCCGCAAUGACACUGCCAUCUUAACUACAUCUCAUUCUUCAAUCACAUUCCACUAUUGGACACAUUUCAUUCACAUCCCCAGUCUGUCUUCCACAUUUUCACUUCUUCCUUGACAUAUUAAUUCCAUAAUGCCAAGGGUUUGCUUUCGUGUACAUGGAAGAUGAGAGGGAUGCUGAGGAUGCUAUCCGAGCCCUUGACCGCAUUGAAUUUGGGCGCAAGGGACGCAGACUCCGUGUUGAGUGGACAAAGGGUGAGCGUGGAGGCGAUAGAAGAUCUGGUGGUGGUGGUGGUUCAAGGAGAUCCUCAUCCUUGAGGCCUUCCAAGACUCUGUUUGUGAUCAACUUUGAUGCGGACAAUACUCGGACCCGGGAUCUAGAGAGACACUUUGAACCGUAUGGCAAAAUUGUAAACGUUAGGAUCAGGAGGAACUUUGCAUUUGUCCAGUACGAGGAGCAAGAGGAUGCCACUCGAGCUCUUGAGGCUACAAACAACAGUAAGCUGAUGGAUAAGGUGAUCUCGGUGGAGUAUGCAAUGAAAGAUGAUGAUGCAAGAGGGAACGGACACAGUCCCGAAAGACGCCGUGAUAGGUCACCAGAAAGGAGAAGGCGAUCACCUAGUCCUUACAAGAGAGAGAGAGGGAGCCCUGAUUACGGCCGAGGGGGUAGCCCCGUUGCUGCAUACAAAAGGGAAAGGACGAGUCCUGACUACGGCAGAAGACGUAGCCCGAGCCCUUACAAGAGAACAAGGCGUAGUAGUCCCGAGUAUGGUCGCGACCACCGCCACAGAGGCAAUGAGAGCCCCCGGAGGAGGGAGAGAGCUGCAAGCCCCAGGUACAGUCGAAGUCCUGACAACAAGAGAGAGAGGGCGAGUCCUGAUCGCAGCCCGUUUAAGAAGGAAAGUUUGAAGAACGGAGAUGGUGAAGUUGAUAGCCCAAGGAGGGAGAGAUCAAGGUCUAGCCCUGAGAAUGGGCAAGUUGAGAGCCCUGGCUCUAUAGGGAGAAGGGACAGUGAUGGUGGCUACGAUGGUGCAGAUAGCCCCCCUAUGCAGAAGAGCCGGUCUCGUUCGCCUCCAGCUGAAGAGUGAAUGAAAAGUGGAUACAUCAAAGUAGGGUGAUGUAGUCAAACUCUCUGUGUCAUGUGUUGUGUUUAGUUUCUUUGCUAUUUGAAACAUUCGAACUGGGAUCUCUUUUAUUGUCGGAUUGAAAAACUCUUCUCUUGUGUGCUUAAAAUGUGCCAUGUUACUGAAUUAUUCGUUUUGAAAUCUCA